AUGGCGAACUCAACGACACAACCAGCCUGCGAGCACCUCGUCCUCGAUGCAGGGCCGCUUCUCUCAUUAUCUCCCCUGCGCGGACUUGCAGAAACGUACUACACAGUGCCUCAAGUGCUCGAUGAGCUGAAGGACAAACGUGCACGGGAACACUUUGAACGUCUAGGUUUGUCCGCGGGGGUACAGAUACAGGUGCAAGGGCCUGAUCCAACAUCAUUGGCACACGUCAUCCAGUUUGCGAAGAAGACCGGCGACUACUCAGUUCUCUCGCACGCCGAUUUAUGCAUCCUAGCUCUCACCUAUGCACUGGACACUCGAGAGAAAACUACGAGGGAGGAGAAUGAGAGGAAGAAGGGUGAAAAUGUAGAAGCUACGCUACUACCUCCAAAAUCUUCACUGGAUGAUCAAUCCACAACAAUAGAUCACGGAAAAGAUAUAGACCACGAAUCUGAGCGACAUAUCAUGUCGGAAGAUGACUCUGCGGAAGAGCCCCCAGCAUCCGAAGUUUCGUCUGAUAGUGAAAACGUCGAGCUUCAAAAUGGUAACGAGGCAGAAUUAGUGUAUGAGGGUGCAGGUCCAGGCGAUGAUCAAUCAAGAGAACCCCUCGAUGUUGAGUUACAUCGAAUAUCGAACGAAUCGUCGCACCAGCACUCGCCGGCUAUUCAAGACGUCUCAUCGCCAUCUGACGGCCCCAAUCCGACAAAUGAACCAGUGGACAACCCACCACUUUAUGAUGACCCAUCGGACUCCGAUGAUGGCGAAGGCGAGUGGAUUACGCCUUCCAAUGUCGCUCUGCACAAAUCCCGUGCCCUCGAUCUCCUGCCUUCCGCAACGGGCUCCAAAGGGAAGAGAAAACAGGAGAAGAUCCCAGUUGGAUGUAUGACAGCAGAUUUUGCUAUGCAGAACGUGCUGUUACAAAUGAAGCUGGGGUUGGUCAGCGUGGAUGGAAAGCGCAUUCAGCGAGUAAAAAGCUGGGUACUAAGGUGCCAUGCUUGCUUCAAAAUCUGUAAAGACUCUUCGCGCAAGUUCUGCCCGUCGUGCGGGAAUCCGUCUCUACUGCGCGCUUCUGUUACCAUCUCCUCACCGGACGCAGGCCCGGACACUCCCGCAAUGCAAGUACACCUAAAAAAGAACUUCCAAUACAAGACCCGUGGUACAAUCUACUCGAUCCCUGCCCCGAAGCCAGGGUCCGCCAGGACCGGGCCCGGGGAGGGUUUAGUAUUGCGAGAAGAUCAACUGGCGUGGGUGCGCGCUAAGAAGCGUGCGGAUGGGAAGCGCGAACGAGAGGAGCGCCGGAUGCUAACAGCAGCGAGCGAAAGAGCAGGGUCUGGUGCGGCUGGCACAGUGGUGAGCAGCUGGAUGGACCCUGAUUGGGUGCCGGAGAUCAUGAGCGCAGGUGUGAGUGGCAAGGGGAGAAGCGUUAGGAGCCGGGGUAUGGACGGCGACAUGCCCGUCGUUGGAUAUGGAAAGAAAAAUCCAAACGAGAGAAGAAGGAAGUAG